AUGUCCAACAAAUUCCGUUCCCAACAACGCAAGAAGAACGCUCGGUCUAUCGCCUCUGAGGACCCCUGGCGGGUUGAGACGCCGUUCGGCCCGCCUCGCAUUUCACACAUACACUUCCCCGAGGGCGGCAUCCGGCGAAUCCGCAACACUCUACAUAAGCUGUCACCUUCAGCACGCGCAGAGAGGGAACUCUUGAGGCAGAAGAACCGUUACAAGAUUCCCUUGACGGAAAGAAACGUCGACACGUUCGUCACGGAACAGCAGUUCACCGAAGCCUGUUACCCCGAGAAGCAUAGCAACGAGUUGCAUGUCUCCGCGUGGCUUGAGCGACUGGCAUAUUGA